CCCAUCCUCUCCCCGAACUCUCCCCACCCUUCGCGCUCUCCGCCCCGCUCGACUCCAGUCCUUCCCCUCCCGCUCCAUCCGGGGCGCUGACGGCUGUUUCUGGACUGGACCUCGGCGGCGGCCGCUUUUCUAGGAGGAACCCGAUAAAGUUUCCCAGGAGCCGGGAGGGGAGCCGCGCGCAGCGGCACCGACACCGGGGGAGCCCUGCAUGGUAUUCGCCGCCGCGGGUUAAAGGAGGAGGUCCCAGAGCUGGAGACCAGCCUCAGCUGCCGCGCUGCCUCGCUGUCUGGGGAGGCGCCGCCCUCCGUCGCCCCGAGCUUCCCCCGCCGUGAGCGGUCGGAUAAGAACUUCAGUUUUCUGUUGAGUGGAGCCAUAGGGAUACCUCCAACUUUCCAGUGUUUCAGAAGGGAGUUUUUUAUUGAAACUGGAAGACCUAAAGAAUUACAAACAUGUUGUGCUGGGGAAAUGCAUCUUUUGGACAGCUAGGUUUGGGUGGAAUUGAUGAAGAAAUUGUAUUAGAGCCCAGAAAAAGUGACUUUUUUAUAAACAAAAAAGUCCGAGAUGUAGGAUGUGGACUCAGACAUACUGUAUUUGUUCUGGAUGAUGGAACAGUGUACACAUGUGGAUGCAAUGAUCUGGGACAGCUAGGUCAUGAAAAAUCCAGAAAGAAACCAGAGCAGGUUGUUGCCCUGGAUGCCCAAAAUAUUAUAGCUGUUUCAUGUGGAGAAGCUCAUACAUUAGCACUAAAUGACAAGGGCCAGGUGUAUGCUUGGGGUCUCGAUUCUGAUGGACAACUUGGCCUGCUAGGAUCAGAGGAAUGUAUCAGAGUACCCAGCUGCCUCCCGAAAAUCAUGAGUAUCGACUCUCUGGUCAGAACUUGCUCCGGACUUUCAUUUGGCCGAAUCAGGUCAGGUGGCAGUAUCAGAAAUAUUAAAUGUUUAUCAGAUAUCCAGAUAGUACAAGUUGCUUGUGGUUAUUAUCAUUCACUUGCACUUUCUAAAGCAAGUGAAGUUUUCUCUUGGGGACAGAAUAAAUAUGGCCAGUUGGGUUUAGGCACUGACUGUAAAAAGCAAGCUUCACCACAACUGAUUAAGUCUUUGCUUGGAAUCCCUUUCAUGCAAGUUGCAGCAGGAGGAGCCCAUAGUUUUGUACUCACCCUUUCUGGAGCUAUCUUUGGAUGGGGACGCAACAAAUUUGGUCAACUAGGUCUCAAUGAUGAAAAUGAUAGGUAUGUUCCUAAUUUACUAAAGUCACUAAGAACUCAGAAAAUAGUUUAUAUUUGUUGUGGAGAAGAUCAUACUGCUGCACUAACCAAGGAAGGUGGAGUGUUUACUUUCGGAGCUGGAGGGUAUGGUCAGUUGGGUCAUAAUUCUACUAGUCAUGAAAUAAACCCAAGGAAAGUUUUUGAACUUAUGGGAAGCAUUGUCACUCAGAUUGCUUGUGGAAGGCAGCACACUUCUGCUUUUGUUCCUUCAUCAGGACGAAUUUAUUCCUUUGGACUUGGAGGGAACGGGCAGCUAGGAACCGGUUCAACAAGCAACAGGAAAAGUCCUUUUACUGUGAAAGGAAAUUGGUGCCCAUAUAAUGGGCAGUGUCCACCAGAUGUUGACUCUGAAGAAUAUUUCUGUGUAAAAAGAAUUUUCUCAGGUGGCGAUCAAAGCUUUUCACAUUACUCUAAUCCCCAGAACGGUGGGCCACCAGAUGACUUCAGAUGUCCUGAUCCUUCAAAGCAGAUCUGGACUGUGAGUGAAGCUCUGAUUCAAAAAUGGCUGAGCUACCCCUCUGGAAGAUUUCCUGUGGAGAUAGCCAAUGAAAUAGAUGGAACGUUUUCUUCUUCUGGUUGUCUAAAUGGAAGUUUUUUAGCUGUUAGCAAUGAUGAUCACUAUAGAACAGGUACCAGAUUCUCAGGGGUUGAUAUGAAUGCUGCUAGGCUUUUAUUCCACAAACUUAUACAACCUGAUUAUCCUCAGAUAGCUCAGCAGGUGGCAGCUAGUUUGGAAAAGAAUCUGAUUCCUAAACUGACUAGCUCCUUACCUGAUGUUGAAGCAUUGAGGUUUUAUCUUACUCUACCAGAAUGUCCCCUGAUGAGUGAUUCCAACAAUUUUACAACAAUAGCAAUUCCCUUUGGUACAGCUCUUGUAAACUUAGAAAAGGCACCACUGAAAGUACUUGAAAACUGGUGGUCAGUACUUGAACCUCCACUAUUCCUCAAGAUUGUAGAACUUUUUAAGGAAGUUGUGGUACAUCUUUUGAAACUCUACAAGAUUGGCAUUCCCCCUUCUGAAAGAAGAAUUUUCAACAGUUUUCUUCAUACUGCAUUAAAGGUUUUAGAAAUAUUACAUAGGGUAAAUGAGAAAGCGGGGCAGAUUAUACAGUAUGAUAAAUUUUAUAUACAUGAAGUACAAGAAUUGAUAGACAUAAGGAAUGAUUAUAUCAACUGGGUUCAACAGCAGGCCUAUGGAAUGGAUGUCAACCAUGGAUUAACUGAGUUGGCAGAUAUCCCUGUUACAAUCUGCACAUAUCCAUUUGUAUUUGAUGCCCAAGCAAAAACUACUCUGCUACAAACAGAUGCAGUCUUACAGAUGCAGAUGGCUAUUGACCAGGCCCACAGACAGAAUGUGUCCUCUCUUUUUCUCCCAGUGAUUGAGUCUGUGAAUCCCUGCUUAAUUCUAGUGGUACGUAGAGAAAAUAUCGUAGGAGAUGCAAUGGAAGUCCUUAGGAAAACAAAGAAUAUAGACUACAAAAAGCCGCUCAAGGUUAUAUUUGUUGGAGAAGAUGCUGUUGAUGCAGGAGGGGUACGCAAAGAAUUUUUCUUGCUCAUCAUGAGGGAAUUAUUGGAUCCUAAAUAUGGCAUGUUUAGGUAUUAUGAAGAUUCCAGACUCAUUUGGUUUUCUGAUAAGACAUUUGAAGACAGUGAUUUGUUCCAUUUGAUUGGUGUUAUCUGUGGAUUAGCUAUUUAUAAUUUUACUAUUGUGGACCUACAUUUUCCUUUGGCUUUAUAUAAGAAAUUGCUGAAAAAGAAGCCAUCCCUGGAUGAUUUGAAAGAACUAAUGCCUGAUGUUGGGAGAAGCAUGCAACAAUUACUGGAUUAUCCAGAAGAUGAUGUCGAGGAAACAUUUUGUCUUAAUUUUACGAUCACAGUUGAAAACUUUGGUGCAACAGAAGUGAAAGAGCUGGUUCUAAAUGGUGCAGACACAGCUGUUAACAAACAAAAUCGGCAGGAGUUUGUUGAUGCUUAUGUGGAUUACAUAUUCAAUAAAUCGGUGGCUUCCUUAUUUGAUGCUUUUCAUGCGGGCUUUCACAAAGUGUGUGGAGGAAAAGUCCUUCAGCUCUUCCAGCCUAAUGAACUACAAGCAAUGGUUAUUGGAAAUACAAAUUAUGAUUGGAAGGAACUAGAAAAGAAUACAGAAUACAAAGGGGAGUAUUGGGCAGAACAUCCUACAAUAAAAAUAUUUUGGGAAGUAUUUCAUGAAUUGCCAUUGGAAAAGAAAAAACUAUUUCUGUUAUUUUUGACAGGUAGUGAUCGGAUUCCUAUUCUUGGUAUGAAGAGUCUAAAACUAGUCAUCCAGUCAACAGGAGGUGGUGAGGAGUAUCUCCCAGUUUCCCAUACCUGUUUUAAUCUUCUAGAUCUUCCAAAAUAUACAGAAAAAGAAACUCUACGCUCUAAACUGAUCCAAGCUAUUGAUCACAAUGAAGGUUUCAGUUUAAUAUAACUUGGUGUUAUAACUAUUCUGUUUACUGCAAAAGCAUUAAACUAAUUGUGUUUUU